GUGGACGUUUACCUGAAGAGAAUAGACUUAUAAAUCGUGUGUUAAGUUGUUCUUUACUUUUUAAGAAAAGAAGUAUAAAAGUACUGUUUUUGUGAUCACUGGAAUAUGAGAUAAUGGAAAAACUACGUAUUCUUUUUCGUCCCCAUACCGGGAUUGUUUUGAAUGUUUUGUGCAAAACAAGAACUUGUCGUUUCAGAAUAGCAAAGUCAAAGAUGAGUUCUGUUUCAAAUCCCCCACAAAGUCUUCUGAGGCCAAUGGUAAUUCCUCAGAAGCUUCUAAUGGGACCAGGACCUUCAAAUAGUUCUCCACGGAUUUUAAGUGCUUCUGCGUUACCAAUGCUUGGACAUUUGCAUCCCGAAUUUACUAAGAUAAUGGACGAAGUCAAAGAAGGAACAAGAUAUUUAUUUCAGACUAGAAAUAAUUGGACUGUAUGUGUAUCAGGAACAGGUCAUGCAGCAAUGGAAGCAGCAGUUUGUAACUUACUUGAACCUGGGGAGACUACUCUUGCAUGUGUAAAUGGAUUAUGGGGAGAAAGAUAUGCUGACAUGGCACGAAGAAAUGGUGCAGUUGCUCAAACAAUAAAUAAACCAAUGGGUCAAGUUUUUAAUCUUCAAGAAAUAGAAGAAGGACUAAAAAAAUAUAGACCAGUGUUAUUGUUUCUUACACAUGGAGAAUCAUCAGGGUCCACUGUACAACCAUUAGAAGGUGUAGGAAAACUUUGUCAUAGAUAUAACUGUUUGUUAUUGGUAGAUUCAGUGGCAGCAGCUGGUGGUGUACCAUUAUAUGCUGAUGAUUGGGAAAUUGACUGUAUAUACACUGGUUCCCAGAAAGUUUUAAGUGCACCACCAGGAGCCAGUCCAAUAUCAUUUUCAGAAAAAGGAAAAGAGAAGGUACUGAAGAGGAAGACACCAGUUAGAUCAUUCUACUUUGAUAUGAAUCACCUAUCAAACUAUUGGGGAUGUGAGGACAGUGCUAGAAGAUACCACCACACAGGCCCUAUAAUGAGUGUUUAUGCAUUGAGAGAAGGAUUUUCCAGACUAGUAGAAGAAGGUUUAGAAAAUAGUUGGGUUACUCACAAGAGAUGUGCUGAGAUGUUACAUGAAGGAGUAGAGAGGAUGGGUUUGGAACUUUUUGUUCAAGAUAAGUCUGUCCGUCUUCCAUGUGUUACUGGUGUAAAAGUGCCACCUGGUGUUAAUUGGAAAGAAGUAGCAGAUUAUGCCAUGAAUCAAUAUAAGGUAGAGAUAUCGGGAGGUCUAGGAGCUCAGGCAGGAAAGAUCUGGAGAAUAGGAAUCAUGGGAUACAAUGCUACACCUGACAAUGUUAAUCGUGUCCUAAGAGCAUUAUCAGAAGCUUUAAAACAUGUAGGAUUUAAAUCAAGGCUGUGAUCAUUGUGAAUAAAUAUAUAUGUUGCUUUGUAUUAUUCAGUCAAUGGAAAAAGAUAUUGUGUGAUCAUGAAAUUUGUAAUAUGGAAUUUUUCUGUCAGCUAUGAUAUAAUUGAGAUGUUUUAAAGAGAAAGACAAUCACUUAUGUUUUAUUUGUUUAAGAAUAAAUUACUGAUUGUUUUUUGUUUCAAGUUAUUUUUGUAUGUUUGUUUCUUUAAAGACCUUUUUAAAAACAUGUUAGAAAUCUUAUUUCUUAAAAUAUUUAAAUAGCCAUAUUUUGUCUGUAAAUGUUUUAUAGUUUAGAUUAAUUAUUUUGUUAAUCAAUCUUUUGCUUUGAGACAGACCAACUUGUUCAAGCUUGGCAUAAUAUAGACUGCUUGAUUUCAAUGAAUUUUAAAAGCAUUUGUUUAAAAUACAUCUUGAAAAUUACCAACAACAACCACUGAAUUACAGGCUACUCACUUUCCUCCUAUGUAAAAAUUUUUUCCAUCAACAUUUAUAUUACAUGGUAUUACAUGAGAAUUCUCAAUUUGGAGUGUGUACGUUAACAUAAAAAUGGAAACAUGCAAUAAUGCAAUAAAACUGUGUGAAUCAGUCAUUUACAUAUCAAAUAAUGUCACAUGAACCAUUAAGCUCAAAGAUGAUUGGUUAUUCCACUGAUGUCGUAUUGUUUGAUCUAAUGUUUUUAUAAAGGGUCCAAAAACUGCAAUAUUUAUCAGGCAUCAUCAAAUUUAGUGUAGACCAAUAAAUAUUCAUGACUUGUUCAUUUUGUUUUUAAGUCACAAGCAAGUUAAGAUGAAUCAAUUAUUUAUUAUCUAAAUUCCUGUCAGGCAACAAAAUUGUCAUUUUGGGAGUAUCCUGCAUUAUAUAAUAUUCAGAUAAUUGACUUCAAGUAAAAAGUUUUAUUUUAAAAUUUCAUGAUGAAAAAAACAUUUUUGGGACCAAUCAUAUUGUAUAUUCAAUGUAUACAUGUUGUUGAAACAGUUUUUCUUGUAAAUAAAAUGACCUUGAUUUAGAAAUGGAAGUAUAUAUGUUGUAUACUUGAACCAAUAUUGAUUUACAACAUAACAUCUUUAUUGGAUAAAUGUGAUUUUUUUUGUGUUUGUAUUUGGAUCUAUAUUGGUCAACUGACUUACUAUUUUGGGGUCAAAUUAAGAAGUUUACUCAUUCACCUAUAAAGAUUUUUCAAUCUACUGCCAGGUCAUCUUUUAAUCUUUAUUUCAUUGUGUGACAAUGUUCACUUCUAUUCUAGUCCUUUAUUACUUUGUAUAUGAUUGAGAAUGGAAAUGGGGAAUAUGUCAAAGAGACAACAACCCAACCUAAGAGCAGAAAACUGCCGAAGGCCGCCAAUGGGUCUUCAACGCAGCAAGAAAAUCCCGCACCCAGAGGUGGGCCUCAGCUGGCCCCUAAAUAAAAAUGUGUACUAGUUCAUUGAAAAUGGACGUCAUACUAAACUCCAAAACAUAUAAAUGAACUAAAAUUAAAAAUCAUACAAGACUAACAAACGCCAGAGACUCCUGACUUGGGACAGGCGCAAAAAUGCGGCGGGUUAAACAUGUUUUUUGAGAUCUCAACCCUCCCUCUAUACCUCUAGCCAAUGUAGAAUAAAGAAACACAUAGCAAUAUGCACAGUAAAACUCAGUUUAAAAGAAGUCCGAGUCCGAUGUCAGAAUAGGUAACAAAAGAAACUAAGCAAAAUGACAAUGAUACAUAAUUUAACAAUUAGUAUGUCUGUUAUGUACAUUUUUCCUCUGACUACUGCGUUUAACAUUCUUCAUUGACAAUAAGUUCAAUAAUUUGAUCCAUAUUGACUGUUUUAACAUGUUUAACUCUCCACUAACAAUAAAAUAAUCCCUCAAAUUACUAUAAUGGUAAACAUCCCUUAGUUAUAUAGAUAAAAUGCCUAAUCAUGUAAACUUAGAAAAUAAGCAGCCAAGUUUGUAAAUGGCAAAUUCCAUAAUGUAUUAAUCAACAAUGUAUAGAAAAAAGUACAUUACAAUACUUAUGAUCAUACAGAAAUUCAAAUUCCUUUUUAAUCAAUUUUAAUUUGUCUUUCAAUCUUUUAGAAUCAAUAUGAUGAUUCAGAGAUGUAAGUGUAUGGGAGACAACUCUUAAUCUUAAUGGAGGAUAACUCUAAAUAUAUCAAGAUAUGCUUAUAAAAUUCCUAUGUUUACAUCAAGUUAAUUAUACAGCCAUAGGUUUUAAUUCAUUAGUUGAUGAAUUGCUGUACUUUAUACUAAAUUCAAUGUAUGAAUCAAUUUAAGAAAGAUUUUAUACAUAAUAAAUUUAAGAAAUAAUUCAUGCAAGAUAUUGAUGUUUGAAAUUUUCUCAUGGCCUUGGCCUUUAUAUUCAAAUUUAUUACCAGUGUUAGCUCUUAUUUUAUUUCAAAUAUGUUAAUGUUUAGUUGAAAAAAAUUAUUAUCAAAUAUUUGAACAUAUAAUAGCACUUGUAAUGAACAUUUUCUGUUGCUGGAUUUCAGUAUAUUUCAAAGUAAUAGAUAGAGACAGGUUGUUUUUAUAUGAAUUUUGUUAAUCAGAGCUGUGAUAGAAUUAAAUACAAUUUCAUCUUCUUUGUUGAUCAUGAACUAUGACAUAUAUUACAUGAAAGAAACAUUUCACUAUAUAAAUGGAGAGGUCCUAUAUGGUACAUUUUAUAAAAUAAGAUAUUUAUAGUGCUGUAAAUUUAUACAACUAUUGCUGAUAUAGGCUAAGUUAUAUAUGAGCUUUUGUUAAUUAUACAAAUAUUAUAUUACAAUGGAGGCUUGAUAAUAUAAUAUUUAAAUGAAAGAGAUAGUUUUAAAAGUUUAUAUUUAUAAUAAAAUAUUCUUCCAGUA